GCUGGGCUCUCCCGCUCCGCCUGCAGCUUCUCUCCCCGGUGGCCCGCGGCCACCCCUCCGGAGGGCUCGGGGCAAGGGAACUUGACGAGCCCGCCUUUGAGCUGAAGGCGGGAAAAUGGCGGACUCCUCGGGGCGCGGCUCUGGGUUGCCUUCUGCAGGGGACCCCAGUACUCCUAGUGGCCCCAAGCCGAAAGGAAAGCAAACACAAGGAGGAAAAAUGGUCGAAUCCCGAUACCUGCAGUAUGAGAAGAAACCCACUAAAAAGGCUCCUGCAGCAGAUGUUUUAAAGACCAGUGGGAAGAUCCCUGAAGGCGGAAGGAAACCCAGCUCCCUCCAGAAGAGCAAAGAAAGCAGUGGGAUCUUCGACAAAGGCGACCUGCAGUCCACGUUGCUGGAAGGACACGGCACCGCCCCCCCGCACCUGGAUCUCUCAGCCAUCAAUGACAAAAGUAUGCUCAGAAAGACUCCACAAUUAGAAAAAAAAGUGUCAAAGAAAACCGAGUCGACAUCAUUUUCUGCCUCGCAGGAAAAGGACCCAGUAAGUGUCUUGCCGGUCUCGUCUCAUCGGCCCCUCUCGCUCCUGCUGCAGAUCGAGAUGCUCAGCCCCUACGCGGCUGUGUCUGAAAGCUUCAAGGAGCAGUACAAGGCACUCGCGAAGGCCCUGGACACCACGAGGCAUGAGCUGCCUGUGAGAUCAGUUCACCUGGACGGAGGCGCGCAGAAGUUCUUAGAUGAUUUGCAGCGGGAAUUGACGACCACACACCAUCUGUUGGGAGAACUUGGGGUCUGCAGUUCAGAAGAAAACGGGAAAGUGCUAGACCUGCUGGGUGAACUGAAGGAAAUGACCCAAAAGAAGGAUCUGGAGCUCCGAAGGAGCUUCGCCCAGGUGCAGGAACUCUCUGCUGGAGUGAGUAAGGAGGCAGCCUUAAUCAACCAGGAGGUCUGGGAAGAGGCCCAGGGCCCGGUGGCCCCCCGCCAGUGGUAUUUCAAUGAGGAGGACACUCGAGGGGGCACUUGGGGAGAGGCCAGCAGCCCGCUCCUCUCGGGUGCCGACAAGCGCUGCGCACGGUGAAUCCACACGCAGGCCGUGACCCUAGCCCAAGUGGGGCCUCUGCAAACCCUCGGGAGGAAAGCUCUGUCCAGGGCGCCUCUGUGCCAGGGCACCGGUGUGGUGUUCCCGAAACUCACGCACUUUAGUCACUUAGCUCAGCACUACAGCUGGUUUUGUGUGAUAAUCUUGUUUUAUAUUGAGAAAUAAAGUGUUUGGCAACUGA